UUACAGUUUUUAUUGAUAUUUGUAUAAUUUUUUUAAUUAUAUAAAAUUGUAAAAAAAAUCCUGACAGUGCUGCUUUUGAUAUUCCAGAAACAAUAAGUAAAUCCGAGAUAUAGUUUUAGUGUACCACGACAAAAUGGCUUGCAGAAACGUCAAUGUACACAAUUUAUCAAAAUUUGUCAGAUAUUUUUCACAAAAAACCACAGAACAAGAAACAAAACUUGCCUCCAGAAUGGGAUUUUUAAGAGGUAAACCGUUGUAUCUAGAUGCACAGGCCACAACCCCUCUGGAUCCUAGAGUUUUAGAUGCUAUGAUGCCUUACAUGACUUAUAGUUAUGGAAAUCCACAUUCCCGUACACAUAUGUAUGGUUGGGAAAGUGAAGAAGCUGUGGAAACAGCUAGACAGCAUAUAUCAGAUUUGAUAGGCGCCAAUCCCAAAGAAAUUAUAUUCACAUCUGGAGCAACAGAAUCUAAUAAUUUAGCAAUUAAAGGAAUUGCUCAUUUUUAUGGAGCUAAGAAAAGACAUAUUAUUACUACACAAACGGAACAUAAAUGUGUUUUAGAUUCUUGUCGUGCCUUGGAGGGUGAAGGUUUUGAAAUUACAUAUUUACCAGUUUGUUCAACGGGUAUAAUUUCCCUUGAAGAAUUAGAGUCUGCAAUUCGACCUGAUACUGCACUUGUUUCCAUCAUGGCUGUAAAUAAUGAAAUUGGAGUAAAACAGCCAAUUAAGGAAAUUGGAAAAUUAUGCAAGUCAAAAAAAGUAUUUUUUCAUACUGAUGCAGCUCAAGCUGUUGGAAAGAUUACUGUUGAUGUUAAUGAUCAAAAUAUUGAUCUUAUGUCUAUAAGUGGACAUAAGUUAUAUGGACCAAAAGGUAUUGGAGCAUUGUUUGUUCGGCGUAAACCAAGAGUACGUUUAGAACCUCUUCAGAGUGGAGGUGGUCAAGAACGAGGUUUAAGGAGUGGAACUGUUCCAACACCAAUAGUUGUAGGAUUUGGUGAAGCAUGUAGAAUAGCUAAACAAGAAAUGGAGUACGAUCAUGCUUGGAUGACAAAACUUUCAAAUUUACUCCUUGAAAAAAUUACUAAAAGUCUACCAGAAGUUGUUCGUAAUGGUGAUGCUGUUCAUACUUAUCCAGGUUGUUUAAAUUUAUCGUUUGCAUUUGUUGAGGGAGAAUCACUUCUUAUGGCCCUCAAAGACAUUGCAUUGUCAAGUGGUAGUGCAUGUACGUCUGCAUCUUUGGAGCCCUCAUAUGUAUUACGUGCUAUUGGAGCUGAUGAAGACUUAGCACAUUCUUCUAUUAGAUUUGGUUUUGGGCGUUUUACAACUGUGGAUGAAGUUUUAUACACUGCUGAAAAAUGUAUAAAACAUGUUCAACGACUACGAGAAAUGAGUCCAUUGUGGGAAAUGCAUCAAGAAGGAAUUGACAUAAAAUCUAUCAAGUGGUCUCAACAUUAAAGUUCAAAUAAUCAUAUUUCAUUAGUGAUUUUGGAUUAGGUCCAUGUUGUCCAUUUCAGUAUCACUCAAUAGACGUAAUUGUUUACAAAAUUUUGUCGCAAUUUUACGACGUAUAAAAUCAGCUUCUAUCUCUUGUUUAGUCCUGGGAAUUCGAAAUCUUACACAACAGCACAUAAACACCACUAUAAAAUUAUUUAUUUAUUAAAUAAUUUUAAUUUUGUAUAUAAUUAUAAAAUGUACCUAAUGUGAAGAAGACCGUCAUGAUGAAAAAUAUAAUAUGCCAUACACGAUAGCCAUUAUAUAUUUGUAAUUCUAACCAUGCCUCUUCAACUUUUAAUAUACCAAGAUCAUCUGAAGUUGUUGUUGUUGUAAUAUCAUUUAUUACUAGCAUCUUAAAGCAAAUUAUAUAAUUAUUUUAAUUGUUUUAUGAA